GCAGGGCUGAGCUGCCACCGAGGCUGCAUCAUCCACCCUGUCAACCCACUGGCAAAAUGGACCAGGAAACGCUGGGGAGUGUUGUCCUGCUCGCCAUCGUCACCUUGAUAAGUGUUGUCCAGAAUGCUUUUUUUGCUAGCAAAGUGGAGCAUGAAAGCAAACACUGCAAUGGGAAGGGGUUCCACCGGCCAGGGUCCUCAGCCUUCGACCGCGUCUACACUGCCAACCAGAACUGCGGACACACGUACCCAACGUUCCUGGCUGUGCUUUGGUGUGCUGGCCUUCUCUGCAGUCAAGCUCCUGCCGCCUUUGCUGGCCUGAUGUACUUGUUUGUGAGGCAGAAGUACUUUGUGGGCUACCUUGGGGAAAGGAGUCAGAGCACUCCUGGUUACUUGUUUGGAAAGCGCAUCAUUUUAUUCCUGUUCCUUAUGUCCAUGGCUGGAAUACUCAACUAUUAUCUCAUCUUCUUUUUUGGAAGUGACUUUGAAAUACACAUAAAAACAAUAACCAGCGCUAUCUCUCCAUUGCUGCUCAUCCCCUAGCUCCCUGCAGCACUGAGGGGGUCACUGUGCUUAAUAUAUUGAUACCCAGAAGCAGACAUAAUUCAACUGUUUAAGAAAUGAACCCGUAACCCUUUUAGAUUGCUGUAAAUCUCAUGCUUGAUGGGCUUUGUAGUUUGAUUUAACCUUGCUUUUUCCUUCAGUAAAAAGAUUUAUCAUGAGCCCUCAGCA